AUGGCCGCCCAAGAGAAGGUAAAGAUUCUUGUCGUUGGUGAUUCGGGCGUCGGAAAGACCUCUUUAGUUCAUCAUAUUUGUCACAAUGAAAGCAUUCCGAAUCCAGGAUGGACUAUAGGUUGUACUGUAGAGGUUAAACUAUACGACUAUAGGGAAGGUACUCCAGGCAUGAAAAGUUUUUUCUUGGAGUUUUGGGACGUUGGAGGGUCAGCAAGUCAUGAAAACAGCCGGGCAAUAUUUUACAAUGGCGUCAAUGGAUUGAUCCUUGUUCACGACCUUACAAAUAAGAAGUCAUUCUCAAACCUCAGGCGAUGGCUAACAGAGGUACUAGGCUCAGGAAAGGAAGGCAGCGGUGUGUUAAAUUCAAGGCAGCCAAAAUCUCCCGCUUCUAAUGGAAACAAAGACAGAUGGUUUGAAUUUUCCAUUGAUAUGGGGGAUGAGUACGAUCGUGAACAGUUUGCAGGGAAUCAGAUUCCUGUUAUUAUUAUUGGAACUAAGCUGGAUCAAGCAGGGACUGCAAGAAUUCUUACAUCAUCAAGAGGAUUCAAUCUGGCUGAAGAAAUUGGAGCUGAUAUGAUAAACAUCAACUGUACUGACACUAAACAGCUUAAGCCAGGAUCUGCUAAUGCAAGAAAGUUGUAUUCUUUCUUUGAUAAAGUGAUAGAGAGGCGGUUUUAUUCUCGUGAGAUGCCGCAGUUUCAGCAAUCAUAUGACAGGGCAGAGUCGUUAAAGAUCUAUGACCGCUCUAGUAAACGCAAAAUGGUUUGA